AUGUCGAGCAAAGCGGCAUUGAAAGCCGUUCGAGCAGCUUUGGAAUCGCAAGAUUACCAAGCCGCUGCUGCAAAAGCAAAGGAGCUUGUCAAGAAUGAGCCGAAUAAUUACCACGCGAAUGUCUUCCUCGGUCUCGCUUGCGAUCGAUUGAAUAGGAACCAAGACGCGGAGAACGCCUAUCAUGCUGCGUUAGGUAUCAAUCCCAAUGACAAAACUGCUUGGCAGGGUUUGAUCUCCCUGUACGAGAAACAGGGUGGCUGUGAUCAUGAUGGUUAUCACAAGGCAGUCAUUGCCCUUGGAAAGAUAUUCGCCGAGAACGACGAGAAGGAACGCUGCCAAGAUAUGGUCAACAAGUACACAAAGACAAUGAAGAACAAGGGGACCCUAGCCCAACACAAGCAUGCAUUGGAACUCCAGAUACCGGGCUCACCUCUAUACGACUUUCUUGAGGGCCGGUUGCCUCGUCCAUCCCAAACAUACCAGCGAUUGAUUGAAAUCACCGAGCGCCAGGAAAGAGAGUUUAUCAAUCGUGAGAUUGGAGAGCGCAGAACGCGCCUUGGUGCUCGCAUCGAACAAGUCACCCAGGAAGUUCGUCGGGAGGCUGCCAACAAGAGCCGAUUGGAUCAAUUUUAUCAAGGAAUGAUUGAUUGGACCAACGACGAUACGGAACGCCGUCAUUACGAGGAGAAGUUGUUUCAGCGCGCAUAUGAAGAACUCGGAUUUCUGCCUGAUGCCGAGAAGGAGGGGAAGAGAGCAGCUGUUUUUAAGGCAGCACAUGACAUGGUGAUUAUCAAACAUCCUUUCGAACCCGCAUGGAAGGUUUUCCUAGGGUGGCUGGAUGUUCAGGAUUUCUCCCAGUAUGAUGUGGGGCACCUGCGUGAGUACAUUGAGUUUUUCCCAGAAUCUGGGCUCUCUCAGGUUCUCAAAGGUUUCUUAUUGAGCGACCUAUCGCCAUUUCCCAAGGACCUUUCGGACGAAGCAAAUGACAAAGAUGGCAAGGAUAGCAAGGAAGUCACAGCCACACAGCCUGGUAACGAAAUUGAUGACGGGGAAACUGCUCCUCAAGAUCCUCUCGUCCUUAUGGUCACGGGCUUGGACUCCGCUCGAGAUUCCAUUAUUGCCCACCGUAUCCUAGCAAAUGUCUACCUCUCUUUCGAAGACUAUGAGAGCGUGAUCCAUGUUGCUCGCAAGGGGUUGCUGUACAUUGAGAAAUUGGUAAAGUACAGUGGUGUCAAGAUUCCUAACACCGUUGAUUCCCUGAACAACGCACUUGCCAAUGCCAUGAUCUAUUAUCAAUCCCCCAGAUAUCAUCCAGAUGCGAAGAAAAUCUUCGAGGGGAUCCUCAAACGGAACCCAACCUCCUCCAAUUGCCUGCUUGGGAUUGGUCUGAUUUUGAAAGAGGAUCAGGACUAUGCAGAAGCUGUUGACUUCCUGCGGCGAUCACUUGAACGCGAUCCUGCUAACCUCAAGAUUCGCGGAGAGCUUGCUUGGUGUGAAGCAUUGAAUGGCGAUCUUCAAGGUGGCCUAGUCAGCCUUCAGGCUGCGCACGAGGACCUGAAAGCAGCCCAACCGGACAACAGGGAGUUCAAAUCUGAGCUUCUUUACCGCAUUGGUUACUGCCAGUGGGAGCUUGACCCGUCUGCAGCUGCGCGCAAAGAUCGCAGUGGUGCUUAUGCUAGUCUCUUUGCUUCCAUCCAGGCUAAUAUGAACUUCGCUCCAGCAUACACCAUCCUUGGUUUCUACUACGCAGACUACAAGAAGGAUAAAGCCAGAGCUCGCAGAUGCUUCCACAAGGCAUUUGAACUGUCUACCUCUGAGAUCGAAGCCGCCGAGCGUCUUGCCAGGGGCUUUGCCGACUCGAAGGAAUGGGACCUUGUUGAAGCAGUUGCGCAGCGGGUGGUGGACUCCGGCAAGGCUAGGCCUUCCCCUGGUUCAAAGCGCCGAGGGUUCAGUUGGCCAUAUGCGGCACUGGGGUCUGUUCAGGUUAACAAACAGCAAUACAGCAAAAGUGUUGUGUCCUUCCAAGCAGCGCUUCGACUCGCGCCAACAGAUUACCACUCAUGGGUCGGUCUUGCCGAAAGCUAUCACCACUCUGGUCGAUACAACGCCGCCACCAAGGCCUUUGAGCAAGCAGAACUAUUGGAACAAGGGCUCUCAGAUAAAGACAAGGAACAUGUAUGGUUUGCAAGGUAUAUGCUGGCAAACGUCAGGCGGGAGCUUGGCCAGUAUGACGACGCCAUCGCUGCCUACGAAGAUGUCUUGAAAUCCCGGCCUGGUGACAUUGGUGUGACUCUCGCGCUUCUUCAGACCCUGACUGAGAGUUCGGCGAAGAGCCUUGGCCAAGGUCUCUUCAACGAUGCAGCAGAGCUCGCAUACCAAGCUAUUUCGGUGGCCAGCUCGCUGGCGCAGAUCAAAAGCGACAUUUUCAACCUGUGGAAGGCUGUAGGAGAUGCCUUCUCCAACUUCUCCUGCAUGAAGGCCAAGACUGGAAAGUUGUCUGCUUCCAGCUGCAAGGCUUUACUAGAGGUCGAUCUCGACCCUAUGGCCCUUGAUGUCAUGACCGAUAUUGAUGGCGUUGGAACUGAUUGGCUUGCAGCCAAUGAAAGUGAAGAGUCGAUGCCAUCUGAGUUCUAUGUUCACCUGUCCAUAAUCGCUUUUAAACGUGCACUCCAUGUUUCCGUGCAUGAUACUCACUCCCAAGCAGUUGCCUGGUACAACCUUGGUUGGGCUGAAUAUUUGGCCUACCGCAAUGUGCAGCCGGACUCGACCAAGAAAGGCAAGAAGUCUCGCAAGUUCAUCAAAGCAGCCAUGCGCUGCUUCAAGAGAGCAAUCGAAUUAGAGGCGGGCAAUGCCGAUUUCUGGAACGCAUUGGGUGUCGUCACUGCAAUCAUGAGUCCGAAGGUCUCUCAGCAUGCGUUUGUCCGAAGUUUGCAUCUGAAUGAACGCAACGCGCAAGUCUGGACAAAUCUCGGAGCACUCUAUCUCCUCCAUGGAGAAGGCGACAUAGCAUACAAGACCUUUUUGCGAGCACAGGCCACUGACCCAGACUAUUCACCAGCUUGGGUUGGCCAAGGCUUCGUUUCACUUCAUGUUCACGAGACACAGGAGGCGAAAGGUUAUUUCGAGCAUGCCUUUGAGAUCUCAAACUCGUCCGAUAUUCUCACUAAGCGUCAGUUCAGCUUGACCCACUUUGAUCAUCUCAAUGGGGCCUCAUCCUCUAAUGUGGCCGAACUCAUUCAGCCAUUCUUCGCACUGCAACAACUCUGUAUCCAAGAUCCGUCAAACUUGCCAUUUGUGCAUCUUUCGGCCCUUUUGGCAGAAAGAAUGGGCGAGACUGCAGAUGCCGAGUCUAAGCUGCAGGUUGUCUGUUCAGGCAUGGAAGAUGAGUUCGAAAAGACUGAGUCACCAGCUUCCCUUUCGAGGUAUGCCCAAGCAAACGCAGAUAUGGCUCGUGUCCUGCUUGCACGCCAAUCUUAUGAAGAGGCCGCCGAAAAGGCCGAGCUCGCGCUCUCUCUCUCUGGGGAGGAUGACGCGGAGAAAUUUGACCCCGAAACCUGCAAGAAGCUUCGUCUGUCUGCGCAUCUUGCCGCUGGUCUAGCAUAUUACAAUCUGAAGUCUAUGGACCAAGCCAUCGAUAUGUUCCGUGACGCUCUCGAAGAAGCAGAGAAUGCUCCUGAUGUUGUCUGUCUUCUUGCACAGGUCCUAUGGGCCAAGGGUGGCGAGGAGAACCAGUCUGUUGCUCGUGAGCAACUACUCGACUGCGUGAUGAACCACCCUAGCCAUGUCGGAGCAGUCACCCUCAUGGGUACCAUUGCUCUCCUCGAUGCGGACCAGGACGCCGUUGAAGCAGUUGAAUCAGACCUUAAUAGCAUGAUCUCCCGUGAUGACAUCGAUGUCCACGACCGAGCUAAAAUCAUCAAACUUCUGAGUGCCAUUUCAGCAAUGGGCCUCAGCGAUAAUGCAACCGUUCACGAAAGUGUCAGGCGCCUUGGAGAUGCCACCACUGCUGUAAUGCUUACACCUGGUCAAUCUGCCGGAUGGAUGGAGUUGUCGGCAGUGUCGCGAAACCCGUACCCAGCCGCCAUGACUAUCAAACGCGCUCUGCGGAGCGUGCCUCCUUACGGUGAUCUCGGAGCCGAGGAGCUCAGCCAAGCCUACGCGCAAACUGGAAAGGUCGGUGACGCUUUCCGAGCGAUCAUGAUUGCCCCGUGGAAACGUACUGGAUGGGAGGAACUGAAGCACAAUGUACCUACCCGGAACAUGUGGACACGCUGCACUGGCCAUAAAUCGGAGGAUUCGGAUGACGAGAAAUCUCUCCUAGCAUAG